AUGAAAUGUCAGCCACAGAAUUCUACAAGAGAAUUCAUAAAGCACUUUACACCACUUGUAGUGGCUGAUGAAAUCGACACCAAUAUCAAUACGAAAAAGGCACCUGGAUUCGAUGGAAUCAGUCCACGUAUCCUUAAAGAGCUACCUAAGAAGGCAAUCAUCCAUCUUACCAACAUAUACAACGCUGUCUUGCGAACAGAAUUCGUUCCCGAGCAGUGGAAAAGAGCGGAGGUAAUAAUGUUGCUCAAACCCGGGAAACCACCCGAACAAGCCUCCUCAUAUCAACCGAUAUCGCUUCUACCAUGCAUGUCAAAACUAUUUGAAAAACUUCUUCUCAAGCAUCUUAAACCAAUUAUUGAAGCAAAGCAACUUACCACCAGUUUUGACUUUUGA